CAAUUUCCGCUAAUUGAUAACAGGUGCGCAAAAUAAAAACACACUUGCUUCAUUUUUCCCAUAUAUAUACAGAUAACGGUGUAAUUAAUCGAAUUGUUUGUAAACGAUAAGCGAUACAUUUUCUAAAUUGCGUUAAACGUGCGACAUGCUAAAAUUAGCAAAGUGAGUGAGCCAUGGUUGGAACAAACGAAGAGCUGGGUCCUGAUGAUGACGAUCCGAAACUCCGGAUAUAUCUACCCUCGCAAGACAGUGGCGUCGACAGCACUGAGUACCUAAACCGAUACAUCAAACGUGAAUUUCCAGCCCAAGAUGGCGCCGCGGCCGUGUACAGCAUUCCCAAAACAUUCCGAAAAUCGGGGGAAAAACAGGCGAGUUUAGCCGAACAAGAAGUUUUCACCAAAUUGACGAAAUUCGGCCAAAACGCCAAAUUUCGAAAUUUAUGGAUGAUUUUCUUCCAUGGCACCUCAUACGCUGGCCACUCUUUUCGAAAUCAAAGAGUGGGCAAAUUGAUGAUUCGCGAGCACGACUUUGUCGUUUUUGCCACUUUUAACGACUCCCGUUUUGUGACUUUGAUCGAAGUUAAAUCAACAAACGACAAUAAUCGGAGCAAUUUAGAAAAAACAAGCGAUGCGAAAAUAAUUAAAAACAACAAACGCUCGGCCCAGCACCAACUCCGCGACCACCUGGAGGUCCUCCAGAACAUCCUCGGGGGGAACCCCCUGGAAAAAGGGGUCCAGAACUACGUCAUGUGGCCCUUCUUGACCCCUUACACUCGCGACCCUAGACAACAAGUCACCAAACGGUGGAAGGAGGACCACAAUUUGCACGUUUUCGAAGACACAAUUUCAGAUCAGAGCAAAUUUGAUCAGUGGUUUUAUGAUAAUGUGCUCAGUGGAGCCAACGUUGAUGAGGGUAUUUUUACGAAACUUUUGAACAGAUUUAUUAUUUUGGGUUGUGGGGCGUUUGUUGAUGAGAUUGAUCGUGGGUUGGUGGCACUGCUGACACAGGAACAAAUGGAGCUUUUGAGUGGGGAAGUUGGGAGAAGGGAUAAGGUGCUGGUGGUUCAUGGGGCUGCUGGGACUGGUAAAACAAUGCUGGUUUUAAGGAAACUUCAGCAGCUUUACCACGAUGGCAGACUUAAUGAGCACAAUCGGGCGCUGUAUAUCUGCUACUGGCCCGGAAUUAGGUACGACAUGGAGCUGAAAAUGGAGGCCUUGGGCAUACGCAAGUACGUCGACACGACCCGAUUUUACAUCUCCCUGUCUGACUUUUUCAAAAACAACCAAAACGCCUACAAACAUGUGUUUAUGGACGAAGCUGAGGCCAUUUGCCUGGCCCUAGAUGGCGCCAUUAUCGGAAACACCCUCAGCGCCAUCUAUCGGUGUUAUCACGCCGGGAACUGCAGCCUUAAGUCUUGUCCGAAUGCAAUACUGCAUUCGGAUAACAUUUUAGAAAAACUACAAAGCCAUGAUGGCACAAACUGGGGGGAGUUAUGGUUCAUGGUUGACAUAAACCAAGCCUCCCUUUUCCUCCCCAAACACUCGCCACAAAUCCUCAAAACGCCGUCUUUGAUUUUAAGCAAAGUCAUGCGUUCGACUGGGUUUAUUUUCGAAGUGUUUAGACAAUUCUACAGUGUUCCUAUGCCCCUCCUACCGAAGGAAAUUCUACAAAAUGUCAAUAUACCCGAAAUUACGAUUGGACACCAUGUUUGGGGGCCUCCAGUAUACUGGGUGGACUCCCAAAACAACAUUGAUAAAAUGAUAGCCCGAGUUAUUAUAGAUUUGUGUUCGAGUAAAGGGAUCAAAGCACACGAUUUGUGUGUGAUUCCGUUUUUAGUCAACGAAAAACUAAUUCCUGAAAGUAUCAAUAAAUACAUUGAUGCGGAAUUUGUUGAAAAUAGUUUUAGACCAAAUGCGGUCCGCGAUGUUGAACUGUUUUUGAAACACAGGGAGAUUAAUCAGUUUUUGAUCGCGUGGGCUUUGAGAGUCAAAGGGCUGGAAUUUAAGGUCGUUAUUAUGGCUGUUGAUGAAGAUGAUUUUGAUUAUAAGGACGCAGAAGACCGGAAGAAGGCCUACAUUAUGGCGUCAAGAUGCACCUCUUUGCUGAUUGUGGUCAGUAAUGAGAAAAUUAGGAACAGUCUGGAUCUAGAUGGCUCUUUCCAAAAAUAUCCGUUUUGUACUAACUUAUAAAUAACCAAAAUAUAUAAAAAUGAUAUAUAUAAAUAUUUAAUUUUUUUUUCAAAAAAGUUUGAAAAAUAUGAGACGAAGCGCAAAUUUUAAAUAGUUUUUUUCCCAUGUUUGUUAUAAAAACCUUAGUGAUCACUUUUUCCCAGUCUGUUAAUAGUGCAAAGCUCAACAUUUCUGCAUUUUUCCAAGCAAUUAAUGAAUUGGUUGGAAUUAAAUUAAUUUAAAACGCUUUGUGAUACGCCACUGGUAAGAACAACCCGACUGACAGCAUUCUGACAGAUAAUUGUGAGGUUAUGUCAUCAAAUUUCCAAAAAAACGUUUUAUUUGCACAAGUAAUUACAUAACUCGGCACUUUGACCAUAAAUACCACAAUUACUGGCAAUAUCUAACAUUUGAGAAAUAGUUGAGUCAUGGCAGGUCGUGUUUUAGAGGCCAAGGGCCUCAUGAAUUUUAUCCGAAAUAGCAAAGGUUUCGACAAAGUUUUGGAAAAAGU